AUGGCGCUGAAGGGCAUGAAGCUCAUUGGGAAAAGAUUACUUGCAACCUAUAAUAGCCUCACGGAUAAACACCUGACUGGGUAUUUUAACAAUAGCAGGAUCAGGAGGCACCUCCUAAGAUCCGGGCUGAUCACAAGAAGUGGGAGGAUACUCUCUGAAAAGGAAUACAAAAUUAACAACAUGAAGCAGGAUCACCAAAAAUGCAUCCGAGAGUGCUUAGCCCGGGCCAUUUUCCACAAGGUCCUUGACAUGGAGCGCUACCACCAGCUGGAAAUAAAACGGAAACUGGAUACCUUAGCUAGGAAAGAGCGGAUUCAGAGGUUGAAGGGAGAACACACAAGACGAUUUAUUGAAGAUAACAUGCCUGUCCUGACUCCCCAUCCCCCAGCUGGCCCGAAGACUAAUCGUGGCCAUAGUGUUCUGGCUGAGGAAGGACGUUCUAGCCCAUUAACACCGACAGCCCCUCGACCAUAUACUGCCCCAGGAAAUAUGCAGCCUCCGGUUCGUCUGCAGCCUCUUCUCAGUAAUCGUCAAACGAGAAAUGGUUCAAAGAUAACUUCAGGGUCCAAACCCAAAUCCUCAAUGCUGGAAAGCCAAGCUCCGUUUCCUCUUGGGGGCAAGAAGGCAAUGAUGAAAUUCAGGAACUACAUGGACAAUUCCCAGAAGGAGGAUCUCUACCAACUUCCACACAUUAACAGUUACCAGACACCUGUUCCCCCAACAUCCCAGCCCCAAGCAGGAAAGAGCUCCAGGGAGAACAGGUUGGAGUCUUGGAGGAGGAAGAAGCUGCGGCCCAUCACGGCUCCCAAUGGCCUUGAGCCUCUCUUUGGCAAGGAUCCGGGAAGGAUUUAUAAAACAGCACCACAUAGCAAUGCAGUUAUCACAAUGGUCUAUUUUGGGAAAAAUGUGCACCUAUCUUAUGACGACAUAGACUUCCGAGAUGAAAUCAAGAUUUACCAACAGCACUGUGGAGGGGAGAAUCUCUGUGUCUACAAAGGGAAACUACUUGAGAAAGACACCUUUCAGUUCAUCUCCAAGCGUCACCAUGGCUUCCCCUUCAGCCUCACCUUCUUUCUGAAUGGGAUUCAGGUGAACAGGAUCAGCUCCUGCUGCGAGUUCAAGCACCGUAGGAGCUCCCGUCUCGGAGGCAAGAGGGGCUACUUCGGGUUUGUGUGUGUGGAGAAGGCGUCUCCUUGCUACAGGUGCAUUAUUGCAAUGGGCCUUGACAGAAAACCAUCUUCAACAAAACCUAAGAAGGAAAAGAUUACUGAGAAAAAGGAGGAGCCGCCGAAGAAGAGUCAGGGGAAACUGAGGAAGGACAGAGAGAAUGCACCAUCGAAGAGGAACGAGAUGGAGAGGAAAGAGUCCUCUGUCUCAGCUGCAUUCUCAGCUGAGGAAAUAAAAUUAGGGGUCAAAGAAGUGAGAACGGCUAUUGAGGAAAUGGAAUGGAAGGGCAAGGCAGGACAAGACGUCUGGGAAGAGGACCAGGACAACGCUGUUAAAUAUGACUACGAAGAAGAUUUUGAGGUAGACGAGGAAAAACAAGAUGAGAAGGUGGACGACGAAGAGGAGGACCAGGCUGAUGACCAGAUGAGUGGAGGAUCCAAGUCACCCACCGAAGAUGAAAAAGAUGACCAAAACCCCGAAAAGGAGACUGAAACCUCUUCAGAGAAGGCCGUGGAUGCCCGUGACAGUGAGAAUGAGGAUACUGGGUGCUCGGACAGCGAAGAGGAUGACAGACAAGACGUUAAAACCACGUCAUCGAUCUCAUCUAGAAGUCACCCCUACUCUAGCGAAAGUGAGGAUGAGUCUACGGAGGUUGGCGGGGAAGCCGACUCCAUAGACAGCGAAGGGGGAAGUUCUAGAAGUUCCUCUUCUCAGGAUCUGCGGGAAACCAGUGACGCAGGAAAACCAUGCUUUCCACCCGAGGAGUACUUGGAAACUGAGAUCGAAGAGCAAGAAAUCACAAAAUCACUAGACGGGGAUAACGGACCUUGGUUGACAGAGCUCAGCAGUAUGCAUGUUACUGAGGGAAAACCAACUAAGGGAACCCAGGCUUUAUUGGAGAGUGAACCCAAGGAGUCCUGGCUGGCGGCUUCUUCAGAGGUGAGGGCUAAGAGUCAGCUCCAGAAGGAAGCAGGCCUCCCUGGGGCGGGAGAAGAGGUUGGACAGAUAACAGGUGAAACCCAGGAACCUGGCCACUGCUGCUCUGACACCACUCCUGGACGUAGCCCCACAGAUGACGGGGUGACACCCAUGAGGAAACCAGAGGUCAACCUGGGCAGAGAAUUAGGGAAGUAUUCAGUGUUGUCGAUGUAUAAUGGGAUUGACAUCUCAUCUUCAGGAUUGUCAGCUAAGCAUCAAGUCAACAGGAUAGAGGAAAGAGCAGCCAUUGGCUCAAAUGAGCCACCAGAGCGAGUUGCACAAGAGAUGAGCACACUGAAGGAAGAAGCCGUGGAGAGAAGUGGAUCCUCCCAGCCUGAGGAUGCAGACGCCUAUGCGGGAGUGAGGGAGAAAGCAGGGAUGGUGGAAGAUGGUACCUACCAUCCACAGGAUGCUGACAUGGAUGGAGAACUGAAAGAGAGAAUGGGGAUGCAGGAAGAUGAUGCCCGCCAUUCCCAGGAUGCUGACAUAGAUGCAGGCCUGAGAGAGGGAGCAGGGAUGCAGGAAGAUGGUACCUGCCAUCCCCUGGAUGCUGACAUGGAUGCAGGCCUGAGAGAGGGAGCAGGGAUGCAGGAAGAUGAUGCCCGCCAUUCCCAGGAUGCUGACAUGGAUGCAGGCCUGAGAGAGGGAGCAGGGAUGCAGGAAGAUGGUACCUGCCGUCCCCUGGAUGCUGACAUGGAUGCAGGACUGAGAGAGGGAGCAGGGAUGCAGGAAGAUAGUACCUGCCAUCCCCUGGAUGCUGACAUGGAUGCAGGACUGAGGGAGAAAGCAGGGAUUUCAGAGGUUCCCUUAGGGGAGAGGAGCCCUACAGGAGUUCUGCCGGCAUCAUCAGAACAGUCUACAGAGAAAGGGGAGUGCCAUCUGAGCAUAGCUGGUGAGGCAGAGGAAGGCACAGAAGGAACUAACAGGCACGGGGAGGAGCAGAUGACCCCCACAGGAAGGGUAGCAGCAGAAGGCUCUGUGUUUCUAAGUGCAGAUCAGGCUGCAGACAGGCAGAGGGAUGAUGACCAGGACAGACAGCCCUUGCUGCACACAGGAAUGGCGAAAGGAAGAGCAGUUUCUGAAGGGGGGCAAGAAUUGGAGAAGGCAGAGUUCACAGACAGCACAGGGCUCAGCUCAGAGACUCUCGGGGAAGCAGCAGUUCUGAAAGAAGCAGGGACUUCUGAAGUGAAGGAGGCUGAGAGGGAGGCGGGCUCCCCCAAACCAGAUGGAGACCAAGGUAAGGAGGGAGCUCUCACAGAGCUGGAGGUCAUGGGGCCUGUGGAGGACACGGGGCCAGAGAGAAAGGAUGGUUCUGAAGAGGCAGUCCUCCAGGGAGAGGGAGCAGCCACGGAGAGGAACACAUUUCUGGAAGCAGAAGCACCCUUCAGCUCCUCAGCAGGAGAGGCUCAAGCAAACCCCAGGGAGGAUUUCCAGGGCAACCGUGUGGAACUCUGUAAGGAAAACACAGCAAGGGAGGGAGUCAUAGCUGACACAGAAUCCACCACGGAACCGGAUCUGCGAGCUGUGUUCCCUGGGGAAUUAGCUGUAGCUGGAGGCAUGGAGAAAGUUGAGAGGUCCACACCACCUCUGAGGGAAACUGAAUCUGAAAGAGAAGAAGAGACAGGGGCCAAGGUGCUGAAGACAGAAGACUUGUUAGGAGAGCCAAAGGUUAAAGGGCAAGAGGAGGUUUCAGUGAGGGAAGUGGGCUUUGAGGAAGAGGGCCAUGCAUCCCGCCAGGAGACACAGGCUGAGACCAAGGAUGCAGAACCCGCAGGGGCAACUGAGUUGGGAGAGGUUACAAAGCUUCUAGAAGAUCCACCGAAAGAAAGACCCAUUACCUUGUUUGAGAAAUCACCAAAAGAGAGUGAAGCCACAGCCAUAGAACACAAAGGAGAAGGGCUGCCAGGUCAGGAGAGAGAGACUGUGUGGCCCCAGGGGCUGGGGCUCAGCCAUGAUGGAUUGGGGCUGUUAGGAGCUCCUGGACCUAAGCCAGCAGACGAAGUGCAGGGACCAGAGGGCUUUUUCACAGCCAGAGCUGAGAAGCGCCCAGGACUGGACAGCUGUGCUGGGCCGGAGAGACUGGAGGAAGACGGGUCUUUGCAAGUACAAGGAGGGGAUACCAUCAUGGUAGUGAGUCAGGGAAAUCUUCCUAAGGAAAGACUCACCAGGGCAAUGGUGGUCUGUAGAGAAGCUGAGGGCGAGGAGCCACAGGGAGAAGGGGUCGAGGAUAAAGAAUGCCCACUGGGGACAGUGACUGACAGCCUGACAGGGCAGAACUGGACCCCGGGAGGAAGCACAGUAGAGGCUGAGGAGGAUCCGCGUGGAGGAGGAGUCCAAGAAACAGCUGUGGAGCAGAGGGAGGAGUCAGAGCGGAAGUCAGCUGAUGGGAUCUCUGUGGCCUCCUCCUCCACAGAUGCUCAGAAGGUGGCCUGGGACAGAGCAGGAGAGGCUCUAAGAGAAAGAGCAGCUGAGGGAAGGACGGUGACUGAGGACAUGACGACAAGAAAGGAGAAGGGAGCCGUGGUGGGGGAAGUGACAUCAGCAGGGGCUGUGGAUACCACACAGGAACAGGCUCUUGAAGUGCAAGACUCAAGGCCUGGGGAGGACAGAGAGGGAGGGGAAGCGAAGGCUUCUCAGCACACAGGUACAGGUGUGGCUGGGGAGGAGACAAGGCCUACAAGAAAGCAUGAGGAACACCAGUCAGUAGCAGCUCAAGAGUCCAGAGGAUCAGUAUCUCAGGCAGAGACAGCAUAG